AUGGGGCACGCACGCACGCAGGAGGUGUACAGGUCGGGGGUGUGGCAGUUCGAGGGUGAGGUGUACGUGCCGGCGGGGACGUCCGGCGCGUGCAUCAUGCAGAUCUUCGGGGCGGCGCCGGAGCGGCAGGCGACGACGCUGAUGCUCCACGUCUACGACGGCAGGCUCACCUUCUACCACGACCUGCGGAGGGUGCUCGCCGACGGCGUUUACGACCGGUGGCUCCGGCUCAACGUCGUCCACGACGUGGGCGCGCGCAGCGUCACCGUGUUCGUCGACGGCGCCGAGGUGCUGCGCUCGCGCAGCCACGGCGCGCCCGGCGCAGCGCACUACUUCAAGUUCGGGGUGUACAAGCAGUCGCACCACCACCCGUCGGACCGCAUGGAGUCGCGAUGGAGGAACGUCCGAGUCUUCACCAAGCAUUGA